AUGCAUCAAAGGUUUCAUAAAAAUCCGAGCAAUAAUAUGAUAAAUCUGCUAGUAUCUGAAGAUGAAGGACUCACAGGAGGAUCUGUCACAGAUAAAUGUCAAGAAAGACUUGCUGAUGAUUGCACUUUUGGAAGAUAUGAAUGUCUGACAUGUUCCCUUACUUUUGAAAAUCCUCUUCAACUUUUUCUCCAUUACAAAACAACGCAUUACAGCAGAAAGGAAAGAAAAUAA